AUGCCUGAGCUGGUCACCAGAGAACGCAGUUUGUCGUCUGAACACGCCGGUUCAGAGCUUGGGACUUCUAUUGAUGGCUCUCGGCCCAAUUCUCGGAAAGAUUUCGAGAUUGCUCUCAUUUGCGCUUUACGGGUCGAAUUCGAUGCCGUGGAAGCUCUCUUUGACGAGUACUACGAGCCUGAACAUGAUUUCUCAUUUGGAAAAGCACCGGGUGACCCCAAUGCCUACACGACUGGAAGGGUGUGCGGCCACGACGUUGUGCUGGCUUUUAUGCCGGGCAUGGGCAAAGUGAGCUCUGCAAACGUGGCGGCAGGAUUCCGAGCCAGCUUCCCCGACAUCGAGCUUGGUAUCGUCGUUGGCAUCUGCGGCGGCGUGCCGCUUGGGAGAGAUGACGAAAAGGAGGUCCUGCUUGGCGAUGUGGUCAUCAGUACGGCGCUGGUGCAAUUUGACUUGGGCCGGCAAUAUGUGAACAAGGCUGUGAGGAAAGAUACCUUACAAGACAAUCUUGGCCGGCCAAACCUAGAGAUUCGCGCAUUCUUGGCCAAGCUUUCUGGAUCAAGGGGUCGCACCAUGCUUCGAGGCAAGACCUCCUUCUACCUUGAAGAGCUUUGCGAGAAAGACGGCUUUCACAAGUCUUCAUAUCCAGGUGCAGAUAACGACAAGCUAUAUCGGCCUACCUACCGGCACAAACACCAAGAUCCGGAUGCUUCUUGCAUCUGUGCCAACUGCCACGGCCCGCACGACGAUGUUUGUGCCGCCGCACUGGAAGCUUCCUGCGAGGAGCUGGGUUGUCACGAUAGUGAGUUGGUUAAUCGUGCGCGAAUUGAGACAGUGAAGCUUGCUACGCAAGACCGAUAUCCAUUCUACGGGGCAGGGUCGGGUGAAACGCAGAAACCCGCGAUACAUUUUGGCGUCGUUGUAUCUGGGGACUCCGUCAUGAAGUCGGGAUACCACCGCGACGACAUUGCAUCCCGCGAGAAGGCCAUUGCGUUUGAGAUGGAGGGGGCUGGUGUAUGGGACACCUUUCCUACGGUCGUGAUUAAGAGUGUGUGUGACUAUGCGGACAGUCACAAGAACAAGAAGUGGCAGAGAUAUGCUGCUGCAACUGCGGCUGCUUGUAUGAAGGCUUUCUUGGGGGAGUGGAGGCAAGCUCGCUGA